UCGAAUAUUUUACGUAUGAAUAGGAAAAGUUAAUAUUUUGCGAAUAAACUGUCAUUCACGAAUAGUAGAAAGCCCCUGGCCACGCAGUUUUUUCAAGGAUACCCCGAAAAAUCGAACUAUUUCUUUUUAAAUACACCAACCAUUUGAUCAAAUGUUUUUAUUUCUACUAUUUCCCAAUGCAGAUCCGUGACAUGAAGCGCGAUGAAUACUUUGCGAAAAAUAAGGAUAAAAUUGGUGAAAAAUUGAUAGCAGAAAAUUCCGAAGAAUCGUAUAAAUCGCCACAAGUUUUAAUCGAUCAAUUGUUUCGUUUAUUUUUUUCGGGAAAAUUCAGCGCACAAGUUGUAAAAGAACAAAUUGAAACGGUUUUAAUUGCAGGCAAUGAAACAUCGGCACUAACACUUGCGUACACAAUUUUAUGCUUGGCUAUGUAUCCGGAUAUUCAAGAUAAACUGUACGAGGAACUGCGUUCGGUAUAUGUUUCGCAAGACGAAGAUACUUCAUAUGAACAUGUUCAACAGUUACCCUAUUUGGAUAUGGUGUUGAAAGAAGGAAUGAGAAUGUUUCCCGUUGCUCCGUUUAUCGUUCGCACCGCAACAGCUGAUACUCCAGUUAGCACUUGUAUCAUUCCAAAGAACGCCAUUAUUAUGAUGUCGAUUUUCAACUUGCAACGCAGAAAGGACAUUUGGGGUGAAGACGCCGAAGUUUUCAAUCCAGAACAUUGGCUUCCUGAGGAGGCCCAUCAACGCCAUCCAUUCUGUUUUCUUCCGUUUAGUGGUGGGCCUAGAAAUUGUAUCGGUUACCAGUACGCGAUGAUUUCAAUGAAGGUCGUUUUAUCUGGUAUUUUGCGAAAAUAUCGAUUCACUACGAAUCUAAAGCUGUCCGACUUGGAACUGAAAUUCGAAUUAACGUUGAAAUUGGCUAAUAAACACAUGGUUGGCAUGGAGCGACGUGUUUGGUGAACAUAAUAACCAGUGAUGCCUGAAAAACUGUCAAUAUCCAAAACAUUCUUGAUUAAAACCAAUAUCUUUAAAUGAGAAAAAGACUCCGCAAUUACCUUCCGUUUUUUUUUUUUUGGAAAAAAAUCAUUCAAAUUUACAAAUAGUAAAUUACUAUAAGAC